GUUUGUUUGUGGUCGUUAUCAAAGAGAAUAUAAAUUAUUCACUGGUCAUUAUUUUUUAUGUGAUUAAAAUCAAUACGCAAUUUAUUUUUUGGAACAGCCAGUAGUUAAAUAAAUAUUACAUAAAACAUUAGGAAAUUGAAUAAUGGCAAACGACGAACCAACGGACCUUGAUUGGCUGCAAUUGCGCCGUGAUAUGGGUCCAGUGCACCGUGUCGAAACUACGAAAGAAAAAUUUAUCAGAAAAUUUAGCGAGAAUCCUUUUGUACCUAUAGGUUGCCUUGCAACUGCUGGAGCAUUGUCGUAUGGUUUAUGGUGUUUUCGUACAAAAAGAUCAAAAUUAUCACAGAAGAUGAUGCGUGUUCGUAUUGUGGCACAAGGAUUUACCAUAGCUGCCCUCGUUGUAGGUGUUGUCAUGGGUGCUGGGAAAUCUCUUAAAAAUAAUUAAUUUUGUUUUAAUGUACUAGAUUUGUAAAUGUGAAAGAGUGUCUGUCUGCUAUAUUUUCAUGCCCCAUCUGUUUUUAACCGAUUAAGAUGUUUUAGUUCAGGGAAACGGACAUACUCAUAGGCUACUUUGUAUCCCAGAAAAUCAUGAGUGUCUUAGCGGAUUCACGGACAUAAUCUAGUUAAAAUAGGUAUAUAAUAUAAGGAGAAAAAUGUUAUGUAAAGUAUUUUAAUAGAAUAAAAUACCUAUUUCAGAUAGAA